GGGAGUGUCGGGCGCCUGUCUCGCCGCCCUCCCGGUCCUCCCAGUGAUCCCGAAUUUCCUCGCGAGCACACGCGCCUCUUCCCGCUCGAGGAUGUCGCUCCCGAGUCCGGUCUCGCCCGUCCGGCAUUAUUCGCUCGCGAGUAACACGUAGAAACGUCCUUGAAUUCGCGUGCGCGCGCGCGCGAGCAAAAAGAAGGAGAGAGAGAGAGAAAGAGAGAGAAAAAGUCAAAAUCAAAACACACACGGGAAACACGUUUAGUUUUUAUUUUGCCUCUGAGACUUUGUGUUUUCGUCGUGCCGGAGUCUUGUGCCGCGCCGAAUGCGCCAGUAUUCGCCAGUGUUCGUCGUGGCGAGUAUACGCGAAGACUAUCGAUUGCCGAGUGCAUUUAAACGGCUGCGCGUGGAGAAUCGUUAGUAAGAAGAAGCUUCUGCUGGCUUCUCCUUAUUGUCGUCGUCUCCUAUAAUCAUCGCGUACGUUGUGUGUACACACACACACACAUACAUAUAUCAGGCAUCGCGCGAGCGAAAGGGAUCGUCUGUUUUACGACAACCUGUUUACUCGAUUGAUCAAUCGACACAUCAUCUCUCGUCGCCGAGAGAAUACAUUGCAUACGUGACAUACUUGAGGAUCGUCGAUCGCGUUAGCCGCGUGUAUGUGUGCGAGUGUGUGCAGAGAAACAGUAAAAGAGCGAUAUAUCCUUGACACUAUGACGAGACGUACAAAGAGCCGGUAGUUCGUGGUUGGCAGGGAUGUCCUCGUGACAUGUUACCCCGUGACCUUGGCUGGCGCAACUACAACGUCCUCCGUGGAGAGGGUCGUCUUCUGGUGCGCGGAUCGAGCGGGAAUACGAACAGUCGAUCGGCGUCCUUCAGCCCGCGCGAGAUCGAGUACCGCCUGCUGCCGCUGGUGCAGGUCAAGCCCGACUUCGUGAUCCCAUAUGUGCUUUGCUGGAGGGUGCCGGGCGCGAUUCACCGCAUUCAGAUCAAUCCGUCGAUUGUCCAUCACCACCAUCAUCAUCACCACCACCAUCAUCAGCAGCAGCAUCAGCAUCAGCAUCAGCAUCAGCAGCAUCAGCAUCAGCAUCAGCAGUUUCAACAGCAUCGUCAGCGCCGACGACAUUUCGAAGGAACGUCUCGAACACGUCCCGCGCCACCGCCUUCGACGGAACAUCGUCGUCCCGCGUACGGCGCGCAGCGUGACAUCCUUGUAGAUUCUGGUAUGGAAACAAGGUGA